AUGGCUGCAAGUACAAGAUUUGACAUUUCCUGGUCUCCAAUCAAUCCCGAUAAAUUCUUAACAUUUGGAGUUGAUAUCAGUUUGUACAGAGUUGAGAAUAUAACUGAAGAUAAAGUCAGCAAAUCACAAGGACAGGCUAUUUCUGAUGGGAAGUGUGCCAACUUAAUAGCAGUCAACAAUGAUCACCAGUAUAACAUGAAGUGUGUGUCAUGGUAUCCUAAACCUGAACCUGAUAACUUACUAGCUAUUGGUCUAAACCAUGGAAAGGUUAUUCUGACAAGCUUUGGCCAAGAAAGUGAUCCACAGGGCUUGAUUGGUAAAGUGUUUGUACCAAAACAUGCUAGAACAUGCCAUACUUUAUCUUGGAAUCCAAUUGAUUCAAACUUUUUAGCAGCAGCUUUUGGAGAGAAGUCCAGAUAUGAUCCAUCUAUAUUGAUAUGGGAUAUCAAUGCAAAACCAGCUGUUGAAUUGAGCUCUACUCCAGAAAGAACAAGAACGUUUCCUACCAAUAUUGAUAGUUCAUCGUCAGUUACUAAACCAGUUGCUGAGUUUGGUGCAUCUGAGACUACCAUGUCAUUAGCGUGGUCAUAUCAUGAACAACAGACCUUGAUAGCGGGAAUGAAUAAUAAACAUUUGAGGCUCUAUGACUUAAGAGACAGUACUCGUCCAGUUAAAGCCACCGUCACUAAAGCGGUGUAUGGUAUAACACCUGAUCCCCAUACGAAUAAUAGACUUGCAUCAUACUGCGAUGGUCAAGUCUCUAUCUGGGAUCUUAGAAACUUUGAUAAACCAAUUAUUACUCUGUCAAGUGAAAAACAUAAUAACACAUGUAUUAGUAAACUAUCAUGGUGUCCAACUAGAUUGGGAUUGCUUGCCGUCUUACCCAAAGACAACCCCAUUAUCAAAUUGUAUGACAUACAACAUGCAACAUUCAGUGGUGAUGACGUAGAACCGACUAUUAUAGAAAGAACUGUACAACCCUAUGGUAAUCACUCAGUGUCAUCCUUUGCAUGGCAUCCAACGCAUGAAAACAGAAUGCUGACAAUUACACCAGGUGCUACUAUAAAAGACAUUACGGUAUUUGAAAGAAUUGCGUUGGCUUGGUCCCCCCACACUAGUGUAACAUGGUCAUGUGGUAAGAAGUUAUUACACAUUUCUUCCAUAUCUGAUGAUUUAGAAAACGACAUCUCCGCUAAGAUGAAGUGCCGUGCGUCCCACGGAUACGGCUUACAUGCAGAUAUAUUGGCUAACCUUGAAAAUGUCAAUGAUUUUGAUUCAGUUACAAUCCUUAGGCAAUUCACACAGGUUACGAAUUUGAAAGAAGAUAGUAAAGUCAAACUUUCAGGAAAAACUGCUAUGAAGCUGCCAGGUGUGAAGUCGAUUGUGAAAGGUGAAACGAACAGUAGUGGUGUUUGUAUCCGUAGCAAUCAGACAUUGGUAGAAUGGGAUGGUCUGGAUUGGACUUUGGAAUCUACGAUGUAUACGAGUGAAGCAAGGACACGUAUCUUGCAUCUUUGUGGUUGGAGGUUUGAUAGAGAUGACAAGUCAAUUAUGGAAUUUCUUGCAGAACUGGAAGAGGAUGGUGAAUAUGAAAGAGCGGCUGCAGUCUCGUUGUUUAACCUCAAAUUGAAACAAACAAUACAAACAUUGAAUCGAGGAAAAAGUGGUGCUGAUUUAAAUCUGACAGUUGUUGCUAUGGCGCUGUCUGGCUACACUGACGACAAGAAUACUCUGUGGCGAGAGAUGUGUAGUGCACUAUGUAAAGAACUAAAAAAUCCAUACUUACGAGCAAUGUUUUCAUUCCUCAUAAGUGACAGUGACAAUUAUGACUCAGUAUUGAAACUUUGCUUAUCAGAUAUCAAUGUACUAGAAGUUUUUCUCACGAUAGCUAAAUUUGAUGUCUGUCGUAGUCAGUGUGAUCCAAGUAGUCGACCAUCUCAACAGGUUUUCAUCAGUUGUAAUUUCUGUGGUAAAUCUAUCGCGAGUAACAUGUUGACCGGCAGUUCUCGGUCACGUGUUAUGACAAGUUUUGGCGGAGGAAUAGCUAACAAAUCAAAGAUCAGUAGUUGUCCUAGCUGUCGUAAACCACUGCCAAGGUGUGCGAUAUGUCUAAUGAAUAUGGGAACUCCAGCAACACCUCCACCAACGAAUACAACCAAAGAAGAAAUUGAAGAAUUAACUAGUGACACUAAGCGUAGUCAGUUCAAUAACUGGUUUACUUGGUGUCAAACAUGUCGGCAUGGUGGACAUGCCACACACAUGACAUCCUGGUUUAGGUAA